AUGUCAAAUGUAACAAAGCCCCGCGGCCUUGACCGCUCCUCCUUCCUCACCCUUUCAGCAUUGAUCACUUCUCCUUCCUCAGCCCGCGGCCUUGACCGCUCCUCCUUCCUAGCUCAGCCCCGCGGCCUUGACCGCUCCUCCUUCCUAGCUCAGCCCAGCGGCCUUGACCGCUCCUCCUUCCUAGCUCAGCCCCGCGGCCUUGACCGCUCCUCCUUCCUAGCUCAGCCCAGCGGCCUUGACCGCUCCUCCUCCCUAGCUCAGCCCCGCGGCCUUGACCGCUCCUCCUCCCUAGCUCAGCCCCGCGGCCUUGACCGCUCCUCCUUCCUAGCUCAGCCCAGCGGCCUUGACCGCUCCUCCUCCCUAGCUCAGCCCCGCGGCCUUGGCCGCUCCUCCUCCCUAGCUCAGCCCCGCGGCCUUGACCGCUCCUCCUCCCUAGCUCAGCCCGCGGCCUUGACCGCUCCUCCUUCCUAG